AUGGGCUCUCUCUGGGGCCUGGCUCUUCCCCUUUUCCUCUUCUGCUGGGAGGCUGGCGUCCCCGGGAGCUCUGCAGGGCUCACAGAGUCAGUCUCACCCAACACAGGUCCCAGCACCAGCAGACCAGACCUGUUGGUGACAACGAACCACACAGGAACGUCUGCCGUGACUGCAGGGGCCUCAGGCCACAUCCCUUUGGAAACUCAAGCCCUAAGAACCGAGACUACUGCUGGAACCUUCAUCCCAGGUGGCACCACUUCAGAAGUAGAGACCAGGGACAUCAAGACCAUUUCCCCUGCAACAGAGACAAAGGCCCUCUCAAGAACCGUACCUUACCAUUUCAUGGCUGUGAUCACCAACCCUGUGGAGACGUCAGCCACAAGUGGCGGCACCACGGUAACUGAAAUGACCACAGCUGAGACUGUUACGGGCAGUGAUCUCACCGAAGCCAUCUUUGAUACCCUUCGUGCUGAUGACAGCUCUGAAGAGGUAAAGAUGGUCAUGGCUGACAUGUCGACAUUGGCUCGUGCAUCUGCAGAAGCUGGGGUCCUGACCAUGGAGAGUAGUGCCUCCUCUGACAUCUCUCUUCCAAUGGAGAGUAGUGCCUCCUCUGACAUCUCCCUUCCAAUGGAGAGUAGUGCCUCCUCUGACAUCUCCCUUCCAAUCAUCACCAUCUCAUUAGCUCUGGAACCUGAGAUCACUACUCCAGCUAAAGCCUGGGUUGCCUACACCAUCGCUGACAUUGAGGCUACCAACAGCAGUGUUACAGAAAUACAAAAAACUGCCACCAUCCCUGGGCUCUCAGACACAAGUCAUAGCCCCACAAGAGCAGAGGCCCAGUCCACCAUUGAGAUAUCAGCUUUGCCUGACUCCACUGAAGCAAAAUCACACAGCACCAAGACUACAAUCUCUGUUAAGAUCUUGUCGAUAGCCAGCACCACAGAAUCAGCCACACCUGGUACCACAGUUGAGCCCCUACUAGCUACCAAUAACACUAAAGAAGGAGAAACAACAGUCAAGGCCACUACCCCCAAUGGGACUUUGGUGACAGUUAGCACACACUCCUUGAAAGAAACUGCAGCCUUCUCUGUUGAGACAGUAAGCCACACUAAGGUCUCAGAAGUUGAAUCAACAAUGGGCAAAACGACUACUCCUGCUAUGAUCUCAGCUACUGUCCAUAGCCCCUCAGAAGUAGCCACCAAGAACUCUACACUUUCAGAAACUUUUACCACAGAUAGCACAACCAGUAGAAACUUCCCCAUCAGUAGGGAUCCUCUUCCUUCUGUCAAUCUGACUACAACCAGCAGCAGCCAAGCAGCAAACAUCACGUUGGCUAAGACCACAGCCUCCGCAAAGACCCUGAUGAUAGCCAGCACAACCAGGGGAAAACCUCCAACAGCCAUACCCACCACUGCUGAGACAAGGCUGACCACCAAAGGUACUGCAGGUGGAGAUGGUGGCUUUCUCCUUCUGCGGCUGAGUGUGGCCUCCCCAGAAGACUUCACUGACCCUAGGGUGGCAGAGAGGCUGAUGAAGCAGCUCCGCCAUGAACUGCAUGCCCACAUGCUUCCCAUCCAAGUCUCCUUGCUGCGCGUCAGGAGGAGCUAA